AUGGAGGAGGAGGAGCAACAACCGAAGAAACGAUCUUUCAGACAGAGCUUCCGCCAAACGAAGAAGAAGCCUGAGAACAAUGGCGCUGAAGGCCACUUCUCUGGCCUUGGAGCCAAGCUCAUGGGCAAAAUGGGCUGGAAGAAGGGCGAAGGUUUGGGGGCGUCAGGAGACGGCAUAGCAGCCCCCAUUGAGGUCAAGCUGCGCAACACCAAAGGAGGCGUCGGCGCCGUCAGCGAAUUGAGCGAACAACAGAAGAAGGAAGCUAAGCGGAGGGCGAAAAGGGACGCGGAGGAAAAGGGAGAAGUCUACAUUGACUCGAGCGAGGAAGAGCGCCAGCGGCGCAAGAGGAGGAAGGUCGCUGGUAGCAUGGGCACGGGCACGGGCACGUCGACACCGAGCUCGACGCCGCGACCGAAGAAGACGAUCUACGAUCUGAAGGCUGCCGGCUUCGAAGUGCCGCGCCAACUUCAAAGCAUCGUCGAUGCGACCGGAACGCAAGUCAAGACAUCGUCUCUCAGCCUCCGCGGCGAGCAACCCAUAUUCCAAACUAGCCUCACUGGAAAAGUACAACGGGAACUGGCUGCAUUUGCGGAUGCAGCUGAAGCUGUGGAGUCGGAUGCUCAGAACAUCGACCUGGAGAGUGAGCGCCUGGAGGUCGAGCUGAAAGCCCUCGAACGCGAUGUCUCAGAGCUAGCCGAUAUCCGCUCACGGAUGGGAGAGCUCCCUGCGAAGGAAUGGCCGGAUUUGAUCGAAGGGUUGAAGAACCUGCGCAAGGCUUAUCCCUCGCGCAACUUUGAGAAGGAAGCUAUUGCGGCGAUAAGACCCACGUUCGAAAGACGCAUUGUAGGCUGGGAUCCAGCCACGGACACUCUUGAGGAUCUUGCAUUGAGCUUGGAAAACCUUAGCAUGAUCGAUUCAUCUUCAGGGAAGUCCACCAUCCCCUCGCACGAGGUUGGUCGUAUCGUCCUGGCACCCACUUACCCUCGGACCGAGCCAAUCAGUCGCCGAUCUACAACCCCUUACGAAACGUUGAUGUUGUCAUGGUUCUCACAUCUUCAGACUGCCAUGGUGCACGGGUUCCAGCCUGAUUCACCAUCUGCAUCCUCAUUUCUUCGGACUAUCGACAUUUGGUUCCCUGUCCUGCCCUCCUUUAUCAAGGCCAGGAUAACCAAGCAGAUCAAGCUCCGGUGCUCUGCUGCGAUAGACUCUUGGAAUGUUCGCAAAGCUAUCAAACAUAGAGAAACGCCACUCCCUCAGUGGAUUUUUGACUUCCUACCAUAUUACCCGGACAUCUUCACAGCGUGCAAGGGCAAACUCCGCACCGUGUUGGAGAUCUGGCCGAUACACAAGGGCGUCAUACCAGGCAUACAACUCUGGAAGAAAGCCUUUCCUGGCCCUGUGAAUCAGAUGCUUGUUAAGCACCUCCUCCCACGACUAGCAGAACACCUCCGAGGUCUCGAGAUUGACCCCGCAGACCAGAAGCUCGACGUUGUGUCUGCCGUAGUCACCUGGAAACCUCUGCUUUCUUCCCAUGUCAUAUCGGAACUUCUGCACUCGGCUUUUUUCCCCAACUUCUACAAUGUGCUACACUCAUGGUCCAGCUAUGCGGAAGCGCAGUACGCCGAGAUCGGCACCUGGGUGCAAUGGUGGAAAGACGAGACGCUGGGCGAGUAUAUCGCCGACCUAGAGAACGACUGGAUACAAGCGUACAAUCUGAUCAACGCGGCCCUAGACCUCCUGGAGCUCAACGGUGACAACGACGCCACCAUGGAGGACCUCCCACUCCCCAACGUAGAACCUGAACGCGUUGCUCCUGUGCCUGAGACACCACAACCUUCCCGAAUUAGGAAGCCUGAGCCAGCGCCACAAGAGGCUGAAGACGUCUCGUUCAAGGACUACGUCGAUUCCUGGUGCGCGGAGCAGGAUCUGCUGCUUAUGCCGCUACGGAAGAAAGACGAGACGACUGGCAUGGCGCUUUUCCGCAUUGCAGCGAGUGCUACGGGGGCAGGUGGUGUCGUGGUGCACUUCAAGGGCGACAACAUCUUUGCGCAGAACAAGAAGGAUAAAAGUAGUUGGGAUCCGGUGGGCUUGGACGAGGAACUAGUGAAACGUGCAGAGGGAAGAUGA